AUGAUGGCCGAGUUCAUGUUUAUCGACGUAGGGGAGAGCGACUGGCGCCGAACUGCAUCCAAGAUGUGCACCCUUUUGGUGGAGGGGGCGUCAUGGUAUAGGGCGGUAUUUGCGGUCAACGGACAACAAGGACAAACAGAAUCAGAACGACACCCUUCAUCAAGCACUUCUCGAACAGAAGAAGAAACGUGCAACAAAUUUCGCAACGAGGUGGAGAAAGAACAAAUAAAAGAAAAACGACUCCCUUCAUCGAGCCCUUUUCCAACAGGGAUAGUUUUAGAAGAAGAAAAGUUCAACAAAUUACGCAGCAUGAUUUGGAACGAAAACUAUAAUUUUCUAACUUCAUCAGUUUCUUAUGUGAACGGAUUCGUAAAUAACCUACAGUCUUGCCUUGUAGAGAUGAAAACAGGCGAAGCCCUGGUGUUCAUCACUAGGUGUUUAAAAACAUGUCUGAAUUUAAAAUUUCCAGAGCAUGAGCCAGAAACCCUUAAGUUUGAUAUCUUCAUAUUAACAACAACUUACCCUGGCAUUGUCCUCUCUGUGGGGGAGUCAUCCAGUUUGAUGGAUGUAACAUAUCCUGGAGAAUAUAUCGAGGCUGUGGCUAGAGAAUUGGCACACCAAAUGAAAUAUUUCACAAAGGAAUAUUUCAACUUACUACCGAUAUCGAUGACUGUUGACGAUCUGUCCAAGGAGAAUCUGAAGGAGAAUCUGAAGAAGAAGACUGAGGAGAUGAAAACACAUCAACUAUUGUAUUACCCUCUUCACAGACUGGAAAUGGAUGCAGCGAAAUACAGCUCAAUGGUGGAUGCUUUUGUGGCGAUAGACAUGAAAAGUCGGGUCAACCGAGGCGUCACCUCUGCUUCGCCGUGGAUCGUCCGGAAGCGUUUCCCUCCCCACGGUGGUUUUCGAGGCAAAUAACUUUCCUGUUACUCCUUUGCCUCUCAUUAAAUUCACCAGCGUCGGAUGUUUUAGUGUCACUCCACUAGUGACACCAACGUUGGGACAUUCCUUUAAUUAGUGGUGUCACUCUCCUAGUGACUCAAAGCUUGGAAGUUCUUUUAACUUCCCUUCGCACAACAACAUUGCCAAGAUUGGACUGAAUUGCGGUUGGACACGGUGUGCGUGUGGGGGGGGGGGGGGGGGAUGUCGGAAGAUAGGAGCUUUUUGGGCCCAUAGUGCGUAAGCGGUUUUGCCUUAUGGACAGAGUAGGAUCACACACACACACACAGACACACACACACACACACACACACACACACACACGACUCUAAUUUGGUCACAGCAACGUUCCAGAUAGGAUUGGCAAUUCUUCUCCUCACCUUAAUUAAUCGACAUUCUUGUGGGGCCUGGACCAGCCGUUCCUCUUAACCUUCUUGGGGCCUACAUUUAAUUGAAUAGUGUUUAAAAAUAAAUUGAUUAAGUAAAUAUUUAGACCAGCCAAUCAAAAAUAGGGCCACUUUUAUAUUUUAUAUUUUAAUUAAACUUAGUUUAAUAUUAAUUUUAUUUCCUUUAAGGGCGCACUCAAAAUGUAUAAACUCCAAACUCCCCUAAUUAAUAAAAUAAAUUUCUAAAUUAUCCAUAGUAUGUAGGAAUUCCCUGUCCUGAGUCAGACCCCCGAUCCUAUCGGAGGUCGGGCUCGGAAUAGGCGUGUUCGAAAGCCCAGUGCUAUACUUACUGAAAUACCGGUAUAGAUCAAUUAACUAAGAAAACACUCCGUUUAUCAUUUCAGUACGUAGGUUCUUGCAUGGACAAAACAUGAUACAGUUAUUUCCACACUUUGACAAUGGUGGAUUAUUUUGUAUUGUAAAAUAAUAUAUACUUACGUCCAGGGAGUUGUGUAAAUUUGUUUGUUUUUUGCUCAAGUCAGUAAAAUGUAUUUAUUUUUAUUCUUUAGGCUAUCCAGAAUUAGAAAUGCAUUGGUAGCAAUUUUUCGGUCAUUUGAUGAUGAUAGCCAUCUUGAAAUUCAAAAUGGCCAUCAUUUUAGGGUAUUUUACAUAUAUCUUUGCUCGCAGUUAAAAUAAAAACACACUUUUUGUAUCUAUUUACAUUUUUGAGGCAAUGAACUCGCUGAUAACAUUUUGUUUAGUCAUUUGAACAUGACCGCCAUCUUGAAAUUCAAAAUGGCUGUCAUUUAAAUAGCUUUAUGUAUAAUCUUUACUCUCAAUUGACCCACAACAACAAUUUAGGUAUCUCUUUACAUUUAUGAGCUCGGUGAAUGAAUUUGUACAAAAAGAAAAUUGUUGUCUGACCUAGGCUGCUAUCUUGAACUUCAAAAUGGCCACAAUUUUAAUAUAUUUUUCCAUAUCUCAACUCCCGGUUAACAUAGAAACACAAUAUCUUUUGUUUAUGUACAUUUAUGUAGUCAUAAAGUUAUUGGUGACAUUUUUAUAGUCAUGGCUGUCCAACAACUUUCUUAACUGUGUGCUGUGACCUGGACGUUUCUCAAGUAAUUUUAAUAUUGGACAAAACAGAAUAUUUAUUUUUACAUUUAGUAGUAAUUAUUUGCAUAUUUGCUUGUAUUCUGUAAUGUCUGGAACUAUGCCAUUUAUUAUAGUUAUUGUUUAAUGAAAUUAUUAGUAGUGAUGUUUGUAGUGUCAAGCACUAUAGAUAAACACGAAAUUGCGUUACUAUUGUUAUUAGUGAUCGUUUGGAUGCAUAAUGUAAGCUACGUUUAGUUGUAUUUCAUAAUAUGUUUAUAGUGUAUAAAAAUAUGUUUGUAAAUAGUUGCCAUAAUUUAUUUAUGGGAUUAAAAGAAUCCUUCAUAUGUGUCCAUGUGGGACAGGGCUAUCCCACCCGAGGGUACAUAAUUUGUUGUCAGGGACGAGGCUUGCCAAGUCCCUGACAUCGUACACUUUUCACCCCCUCAAAAUUUUCUAAAUUAUGUACAGUUUAGAUUUUGGCGCGAAGGUUGCAUUAAUAAUUGUUAGUUAAUGUUUUUAAAUUCACAAUAAUGACUCAAUUGUAGAUCAGACCAGCAAAGAUUGCGCUGAGUUAAUGGGAUUGACUAGAUGUGACGCUGACAUUUUAUACAUAGGGCCGUAAAAAUGUAGCAUGUCGACGACAUCGUUUUGGCUUUGUAUACAGUGGGUCCAAAUAUAACGGACUAUCUUAUCGCAAUUUCCAUUCAUGGUAUUUCGUAAUGGUACACUUUUAAAUUACACUAUUUUGUACAAACACGGUUAGAUACGUUAAUAGUCUGAACAAAACAUUUUCAAAAGCAGUUUUGCACUGAAAUGUUUUCUAGCGUUCCGGAAAAGGACGCGUCAUGCACCCAGUGUAUCUUAUUGCAGGGAGAUACAAAGUGACGUCAUUCCAAUAUCGACGUCAUUCAAAUAAAAAAAUUUACGCCGCCGGUCUGCGCUAGUUAUAUUACACUAGUUAGAUAUUGAGUAAUUGUUAUGACAUGAGUACUAUCUUACACUGGUGUGUAAUAAAUUAGUAUAUUACGAUCGUUAAAUGUGUUAAUUUAAUGUUUGAAGUCCGUGUUGUGAUCUUGCGGUCUUCGACUUUAUUUAAUUCCCAAAAUCCUGGGCAUAUAAAAGCUAUCACACAACGUUGAUAUUAAUAUUAUUGAUGUAAAUAUUUCCGCGAUUGCAAAAUGUGUGUCCUUACACACUGAAAACAUCGUAUGGGCUCGUAAAUAAACCGGGGAUAAAUUUCCGUUUGAUCGACUGUUUUAACAUGGCUGUCGGGAUUGACCUUGCCCUUCAGUACUUUAUUUUGUUGGGUGCCCAGCCAUGUUGGCAUCAGGGGUAAUGAAAAGGCUGAUUCAGCUGCCAAGUCUGCUUUGGAUUUGCCUCAUGCCCUAUACUGAUUUUAAACAUAGUAUCAACCAAUUUAUGUUUUCAACUUGGUAACAUGAUUGAGAGCACUGCCAGUGUACUCUGACGGAGCGCCACAUUUUGGUGGAGUGUAAGCAUCAGACACAAACUAGAAAAUAUGAAUUUGGAAAAAGUAAUGCGAUGCAAUCCUUUCGAUUCCAUCCAGAACUUUUACUAUACUUUUUACGUCAUACUGAUUUUUUAUUCUAAAUUACCUAUCUGUGAUAUAUUUGUAUUUUUACACAGUUCAUUACAUUGUUUUCACUUAACUUUUGAAUUUUCCCUUUUGAUUCCGUCCAGAACUGUUGCAACAUUUUUUACGUGAUAUUGACUUUUAUUCUGAAUUUUAAUAUUACCUAUCUGUGAUAUUUGUAUUUUUACACAGUUCUUUGCACUGUGUUUUUAAUUAAUUGUUGAAUUUUUAUAUUGAUGUUUACCAUCACUAAGUUUUGCCUUUUCGUAGUAUGACACCAAAUAGCCCAUGCAUUUGUUUUGUACUGGGGUGUUGUUAAACAUUCAUUCAUUCAUUCAUUCAUUGCCAUUGCCAUUCAGUAAAGUUUAUGUUUCCUCCAAAACUUGUACGACCGAUUAGCUAUUUUCUUAGUUAAACGUAUCCUAAUACUGCGUGUACAUUGUGGCAAAUCAUUUUAUUAAUUAAAGUCGCGAAAAUUAAUUCUAAUUUUGGUUAAUCUACAAAACUGUAACACACUUAGAUCACGUUUUUAUAAAAUAGAGUGAAAAAGCAGGUUUUAUAUCGAUAAAUACCAUGGGAAUCCCCGUGACCCAAUUAAUUGAAAUAAUUUUGAAAGUUAGAUUUCUGAGCACAGCAAUGCUAAGUCACGUCAAAUUUCCCAUACUGCACACAGACGUGGGUGCGUUCCUUUCACAUCUACUAGGCAUGUUCCAACUGUUCUGUCCUGGACAGCGAAAGGAAUGAGUUUGGAACAGGAAGUUACUUUACCAACAUGGGUGCUUCUGUUGAGGAAGUGAC